UGCAUUCAACAAAUAGAGAACUUAAAUUCCAGUGGCGCUUCGAAGGAAGAUAUUUCAAGUCAAGCAAAAUUGUUGCUAGGACAAGAUCCAAAAUACCAUAAAGGUUUCAAGUAUGAUCAUAAGAAAAAUGCAGAUAAAAUGGCUAUGAAAGAGCUUAAAGAAGAAAAUAAGAUCUUGACUACAGAUUUGAGCACAAUAAAUCAUCCUAAUAUUCGUGCUUAUAUUCAAUCUAAACAAGUACGAAUUAUGUAA